AUGUAUAUAUUGUAUAUCGUGUCGUCGCCUCGUCGGUCAAAUUUCGACUGUAUAUGUAUAUUUACAUAUUGUUUAAUGUUUAAACAAAUUCUUACACUUUCUGUGUUUUAGUGUUUGUCAAUUUGCCAUCUGUUUUCCAUAUUAAUACAUCAUACAAUGAUGAAGUAUAUAAAACGAAUGUCAGUGAAAUACAUUGUUUGAACUUACUUACUUUUGAAUUUGCUACCAUAGUUAUUAAGAUUAAUUCUUCUCGAACUAUUUUAUAAUAUGAUAUCGUCGUAUAGAAUUUAUUGGAAUUUACUCAUUGUUUUCUCAUUAAACUUUUGCUAUUCACAAGAGUUUAAAGGAUUCGAUGAUACUAUAUUGUAUAAAAUAAAUUGGCCAGGUAAAGAUGUCACUGACCGAUUGGCGAAGGAACAAGAUGAAAACACAUUAAAUGUAAUGACAGCUAUUGGUGAAUCAUAUAAAUGUAUUUUACCAAAACAAGAUGAAGUAAAUAAAGAAUCCGACACAUCUUAUAAUGGACCUAGCCCAUUGGAACUAUUAUCACCAUUAUUCUCAAAACAAGCUUGUUCUUAUAGAGUUGAUACGUAUUGGAUUUAUGAGGUAUGCCAUGGGCGGCAUGUCCGACAAUAUCAUAAUGAACGUGAAGGAAAGACACAAAAAGAACAAGAGUACUUCUUGGGAAAAUGGAAAAUAUUUGAUGGUCUUAAAUUAGAGGAAGAACUGAAAAGAUUAGCAAAUUUAAAUUAUCCUGGACCUACGAAGACAAGAAAAGUUGAUGGUGUAAACUUACCCUAUUUUGAAAUGAGCAUGUCCGAUGGCACAGUUUGUGACCUUAGUGGCCGUCCAAGACAAACCAAUGUUUUGUAUGUUUGUUAUCCUCAAAGUAAACAUAAUGUGUUUUCAGUAAAAGAAACAUCCACAUGCCAAUAUGAAGUGAUCAUUUUAACAUCAUUUUUAUGCACACACCCCUGGUACAAGCCACCAAACAGUGAUGAAUUAAAUAUUGAUUGCCUUCCAGUUGGUGAUUCAAUGCGUAAACCCCACAACUUAAAAGUCCUUCAAUCUGAUACAUCUAAAUUGAAAAAACAAAUUAAAAUGUUAACUGAUCCCCUCAAUAAAAAGGAAAAUUACAUAAUUGCUGUUUCGAUAGAUAAGAAUGGGGAAACUAAAAUACAAGUUAAAGUACAACCAAAUAAAGAAUCAGAAUUAAAUUUGUCAAAAGAAGAUUCUUUAUUAAUGCAUUCCAAAACACCAAACAAUGAAAUUGAAGAAUAUGUGAAUGGAGACUUAUGUUUAUAUGGAGGCUCUGGCUGGUGGAAAUAUGAAAUAUGUUACAAUAAAUACAUUCGACAAGUUCACAAAGAAAAAGGAAAACCGGAUGAAAUUGUUGUUUUAGGAACAUUUGAUAUAGAUGAACAUAUUAAGUGGUUAUCUCAAAAUCCAGAAAAAAAACCUAAGCUGGACGCUUUUGGCAAGAAACAAGUUAUAUCUCAUUUUUACUCUUCUGGAUCUGUCUGUGAAAAAACUGGCGAUAAACGAGAAACUGAGGUACGGUAUAAAUGUGUAAAAGGUCGAUAUAAUGAAGAAUCAGUAGCACUCUAUUUGUUAGAGCCCAAAACAUGUAAAUACAUUUUGACAAUAGAAUCACCAUCACUAUGUGAAAUUAUUAAUGGACCAAUGGAUGAAUAUGGCAUGUUCAACAUAAAGCCACUUUAUGACAUAGAAAAUAUAAAAAAUAGUGCUCCAUUCCAAACACAAACUAUGGAUAAAACACAGGAAUAUUUUGAAGAAAAUAUAAAAAAAGAUACAAUUCCACCUGUUGAACAAGAAACUGAAGUAUCCGAUGAAAAAAAGAAAAUAGUGAAAAUUGAAUUAUAGAGAAUGUUUAUUUUUAAAUACUUUGCAUAUUAUUGUUUGUUUAUAUAUUUUGUUUAUUAUUUAUUAACUGCCAAAUAAAAUGGGUCCAU